AGUUUAGAUAGUUAAACAAAUUGGCGCCAGCUUAGCCUUCUGUAUUGGAUAUUUUAUUUUUACUAGGGUAUUUUAGUUAAAAAGUCGCUUUUAUCGAAAUUAUAAAGAUGAAUAUUCAAUAUUGUAGUAUUGAUCAAAUAGCAGAUUGCGAGUUAAACGACCAAACUCAACCUUUUCCCUUUAAAGAGAAAAGAAAAUUUACUGUUGCUGUGGAAGGAAAUAUUGGCUGCGGAAAAACAACUUUUCUAAAGCACUUCGAAAAUAAAAAAAAUGUUGAGGUUCACAAAGAGCCAAUUGAGAUGUGGACGGAUAUUAAAGGUCACAAUACAUUAGAUCUUAUGUAUAAAGAUCCUCAGAGAUGGAGUUUAACCUUUCAAUCGUACGUACAAUUGACAAUGCUAAAAGUACACCAAGCACCACAAGAGAAAUCAAUUAAAUUGAUGGAGAGGACAAUACAUAGCGGAAGAUACUGUUUCAUUGAAAAUCUCCAUAAGAGCAAUGUUCUACCAAAUGUUGAUUAUGCUGUGUUAUCGGAAUGGUAUGAUUGGUUGGCCAGUUCUGGAAAAGUUAAUGUGGAUAUGAUAGUUUACUUAAGAGCUCAACCAGAGACUUGUUUAGAAAGAAUUCGUAAAAGGAACCGAUCAGAAGACUGCGACGUUCCAUUGAGUUAUUUACAAUCUAUUCACGAAUUGCACGAAGAUUGGUUAAUAAAGCAACAAAAUUACAAUUUAAAAGCUCCAAUAUUGGACUGUGGUUGUUCAGCUACAAAUAGAAAGAAUGACUUGUCGACUCAAAAAUCAGAAGAUUCUUUAAAUUCGUGCAAUGACUCUCCUGUUGAAACCUCUGACAAGUUUGAAAGAACCAAUCAGAUGGUUCUAAUAAAAGGAGGAUCAUUCAAUAUGGGAGAGAAAAAGCCAUUUAUACCUGCAGAUGGGGAGGGUCCGACUCGUAAAGUGCAUUUAAGUUCUUUUUAUAUGGACGUUCAUGAGAUAUCUAAUUACGAAUUUGAAAAAUUUGCGAAAGCAGAAAAUUAUGUCACUGAAGCAGAGAAAUUUGGCAACUCUUUCGUUUUAGAAGGUUUCUUAAGUGAAAAAGUGAAGGAGGGCAUUACACAGGCAGUUGCAGCUGCCCCAUGGUGGCUUCCAGUUGACAAGGCUGAUUGGCGCCAUCCUGAAGGACCGGAUUCAUCUCUUGAUGGGAGAUAUGAUCAUCCGGUAAUUCAUGUUUCAUAUAAUGACGCUAGUGCUUAUUGCAAAUGGGCCGGGAAAAGACUUCCUACUGAGGCUGAGUGGGAGUUUGCAUGUCGGGGAGGUAAAGAAAGUCGCUUGCAUCCUUGGGGAAAUGCAGAAUAUCCUAAAGGUCAAAACAGAAUGAAUAUUUGGCAAGGCCAAUUUCCAACUGAAAAUACGAUGGGAGAUGGAUAUAGGGGAACUGCCCCAGUUACCGAAUAUGAAUAUCAAAACUCUUUUGGAUUAAAGAAUAUGGUGGGAAAUGUUUGGGAAUGGACUAGCGAUUGGUGGACAACUAUUCAUGAUUCUACACCAACCAGUAAUCCAAUAGGACCGAAAGCAGGUACUGAAAAAGUCAAGAAAGGCGGAUCGUAUAUGUGCACUAAGCAAUAUUGCUACCGUUAUCGUUGUGGCGCUAGAAGUAACAAUACUCCCGAUAGUUCAGCCGCAAAUUUAGGAUUUCGCUGUGCAUCAACAAAAUUGCCUGAUUACUUAAAAAGAGAUGAAUUAUAG